AUGUCCUUCUCAAAACCGUUUCCACUUUUACGUCUACCCAGAUUGCCUCUUCUUGAAGUUUUUGACUGCAUGGGCGUUCAGGAACAAUUCUACCUCUCAAUAUGCUCGAGCAAAGCAAAAUAUUCUAUCAAGUUCUACACCAGUAUACGGAAGUUCUCAGUGACUUUUUAUUUUACGAAUAACUUUACGUUUUUCCUGAAAGCCGAGAAUUCUGACGAUAAAUUCCAGAUACACGUUCAAACAGACACUGUUAUUUUUGGGUCAAUCUGGCGAUUUUUGAGCAGCGUUGACGUCUCAGGGACUCCGCUCGAAAAAAAUGUGAAACGACUUCUGUUGUUUUUGUUGGACGUGUUCAAUACUCCUACAAUUUGUCUAGGUUUCGAAGUGACACGUCAUGACUUUGUGACCGGAUUCAUUAACUACAUUCAUUCUCUGAAGCUGAAGAUCAAUAGUUUGAAUAUCAAGGGAAUAAAAGAAGAAGAUGUGGAACAUAUUUUGGACAAUUAUAGAGAUGUUUCAUCUAAAAUCUACCUAGAUUGUCCAACGAUUCCAGGAAUCAAGUAUCUAAACAAAUCCUCAAAGCCCAGCCUCAAUAAGGUGACAAUUGUCCAUGCAGAAUGGGUGACCACAUACCACUUAACUAUAUUAUUCAUUAAUUGCAAACGACUAGUACUUGACAAUCUUUCGACAGACUAUAUCAAAGUAGACCUAUUCCUCAAAGAAUGGAGAAAGGGGUCUUCUCCGUUGAAAUACGCUUGUCUGGCAUUGACAUUUGUAGAUCCUCACUUGAUUAACGUACUGGAGGGAAUACGAUCAAAACGUGUGUCGACUAGAGGCACGCGGUGGGCACGAUACGCCAGAAGAGCGAUUCGCAUCAAGCAACGAAAAACUGGAGCUCGAGCCUAUGUUAUUCAGUAUGAUCGUACUAUUUUGAUCACGGAUUCUUUGCAAUAA